AUGACUCGUGCUCAGCAGACUGUCUCCCUGGCGCUCCUCGUGAGCUCUUUGUACCUUGCACUCUAUCUCCAGCUCAUUCCUGCCCCCGCGAAGGUUCAGGAGCAGAUCAUUCCCGUCCUUCCCUUCUGGGUCCUUGUGUCUUUCGGCGCAUACCUUCUCGCUCGACUCGGAUACAAUGUCAUGACAUUCAACGAUGUGCCCGAAGCGCACAAGGAGCUUAUGGCUGAGAUUGACGAGGCCAAGGCCGACCUGCGGAAGCGUGGUGUUGAUGUGGACUAA